GAAUUCAGACAGAGAUAAGUGCUGGGAUAAAAAUAACCCAUAAUAACGGGCUAGCAGGGAUGAGUCAGUGGGCAAAGCAAAGCAGACUGAGUGGGGAAGCAGAUCUCACAGUCAGGGAAAGCCUUUCUAGGGAGGUAACAUUUGAACUUUUUCUCAUGGACCUAAAUGUUAAAAAGAUGCAAGCCGGCCGCGUCUUCCUGGAGAAGUUACUCAGAGGGACGAUCAAGGUGCCGGAUGUGAAGAGCGGAAGCGUGGAGACUCGGAGCCCGAGCCACAAAAAGCUGCCCACAAGCUUGUUUGACGUCUGUCCUCUCAAGUGUCCAUGAUGCUGGGCCCCGAGGGAGGUGACGGCUUUGUGGUCAAGCUCCGUGGCCUGCCCCGGUCCUGCUCUGUUGAGGAUGUGCAGAAUUUCCUCUGCACAAUUCAUGAUGGGGCUGCAGGCGUUCAUUUCAUCUAUACUAGAGAAGGCAGGCAGAGUGGUGAGGCUUUUGUUGAACUUGAAUCAGAAGAUGAUGUAAAAAUGGCCCUUAAAAAAGAUAGGGAAAGCAUGGGAUAUCGGUACAUUGAGGUGUUCAAAUCCCACAGAACCGAGAUGGAUUGGGUGUUGAAGCACAGCCGUCCAAACAGUGCCGACACUGCCAAUGAUGGCUUCCUGCGGCUUCGAGGACUCCCAUUUGGAUGCACCAAGGAAGAAAUUGUUCAGUUCUCCUCAGGGUUGGAAAUUGUGCCAAAUGGGAUCACAUUGCCUGUGGAACCCGAGGGCAAGAUUACAGGGGAAGCCUUUGUGCAGUUUGCCUCCCAGGAGUUAGCCGAGAAGGCCCUAGGGAAGCACAAGGAGAGAGCAGGGCACAGGCAUAUUGAAAUGUUCAAGAGCAGUCAGGAAGAAGUUAGGUCAUACUCAUAUCCCCCUCUGAAAUUCAUGUCUGUACAGCAGCUGUGGCCCUAUGACCGCCCCGACACAGCCAGGAGGUAUAUUGGCAUUGUCAAGCAAGCGGGCCUGGAGAGGAUGAGGUCUGGUGCAUAUAGUGCAGGCUAUGGGGGCUAUGAGGAGUACAGCGGCCUCAGCCAUGGCUACGGCUUCACCACUGAUCUGUUCGGGAGAGACCUCAGUUACUGUCUCUCGGGCAUGUACGACCACAGAUACGGAGACGGCGAGUUCACCGUCCAGAGUACCACUGGACACUGCGUCCACAUGAGAGGGCUGCCAUACACAGCCACAGAGAACGACAUUUACAACUUCUUCUCUCCACUCAACCCUGUGAGAGUCCAUACUGAGACUGGCCCUGAUGGAAGAGUGACGGGCGAAGCCGAUGUUGAGUUUGCCACUCACGGAGAAGCUGUGGCAGCUAUGUCCAAAGACCGGGCCAACAUGCAACACAGAUACAUAGAACGUUUCCUGAAUUCCACAACUGGGACCAGCAAUGGGGCACAGAGCAGCCAGAUGAUGCAAGGCAUGGGGGCGUCAGCCCAGUCCACUUACAGUGGCCUUGAGAGCCAGUCUGUGAGUGGCUGUUAUGGGGCUGGCUAUGGAGGCCAGAACAGCGUGGGUGGAUAUGACUAGUUUUGUAGAAGCAUUUGAGUUACUGCAAUCAUUUUCACAGGCAGCCAACAAGCAGUGAAAAGCAAUUAUUACUCUAGAGGAAGCUGUGGGACCCAUUUUGCACCAUGAGUUUGUGAAAUCUGGAUUAAAAAAUUACCUCUUCA